UACGAGUUUUGUUCAGAAUCAGCAAAAUUUUGACGUUUUUCUUUAAAAGAUUAUUUAGAAAUGUCUGAAGAGUUUGUCGAGAUUAGGCAUAUGGUCAAAUCUUUUCGUGUGGCCGAACUUCAAGAGUUAUUAGGCUAUGCAAAUCGUUCAAAGACCGGUAGAAAACACCACUUAAUGGGUAGAGCAUUAGAAAUGCUUAAAUCUGAUCCAGGACCCAAAGUUCGAAGCAAAAUCCGUGAACUGUAUGGUAAUAGGUACCCUCGGCGAAUGUAUGUGGCACCUUAUAUGCAGAGACAGAAUAAUUACGGUUCAUCAGGGUAUUCAAUGGGUGAAUCAAGUCAUAGUAUGUCAACAAUCUCUUCCCAGGGAUCUGUUCAACCAUCAUCAUCCACUUCACUGCCUGUUCUCCCAGAUGUCAAAUUACGGCCUUUGCCGUUUUACGAUUUUCGGGAUGUUCUUGUCAGGCCCCAUUCUCUUGUGCCCACUGGCAAACAUUCAAGAUAUCAGGAUUCCUACAUUUUAUUUCAUCUAUCACCUCAACAGGUGAACGAAAUUGUCAGUUCAAAAGACACCAGGCCAAUGUCUAAUAGUGAAUUCAAUGUUCAAAUACAGUUAAGAUUUUGUUUACUUGAGACAAGUUGUGAGCAAGAUGAUCUCUAUCCUCAUUCAGCAACUUUAAAAGUGAAUGGAAAAAUGUGUGGAUUGCCUGGUUUCAUACCACGUGAUAAUAAAGGGGAGCAUAAGAAGUGUGGACGACCAGUGGAUAUAACCUCAUAUUGUCGGUUAUCUUCGACAAUUCCCAAUCACCUUCAUAUAACUUGGGAGCCAGAUCCAUUACAGAGGUUUGUGGUAUCCGUGCAUCUUGUUAGAAGAGUUACAUCCAGUUGCCUGAUACAAAGACUAAAGAUCAGAGGCAGACGGAAUCCCGACCACUCCAGAGCGCUGAUAAAAGAGAAGCUCACCCAAGAUCCUGACAGUGAAGUUGCUACAACCAGUUUAAGAUGCUCAUUACUCUGUCCACUCGGCAAGACGCGAAUGACGCUACCUUGCAGAUCAAAGAAUUGUAAUCAUCUUCAGUGCUUUGACGCCGCACUCUACCUACAAAUGAAUGAAAGAAAAAGUAGAUGGAUUUGUCCUGUAUGCGAUCAAGAAGCUAGAUUUAACGACUUGAUCAUAGAUGGAUUGUUCAUGGAAAUUCUCGAGAUGUCAACACAAAACAACGACAUAGUUUUCUUCGAGGAUGGUUCGUGGGAGUCAAUUGGCACAACAGAUCUUGCUGCCAAAAUGACCGUCAUAACAUCACCUAAAGUGAAAGUGGAGAAACCAAAACUGAUCGAGGAAGAAGACAAAGCUAAAAGCAAGCAAGAUCCUCCAGUCAUAGACCUCACUCUCAGCAGUGACGAGGAAGAGGAAGAAGAGGAGAAUCAUAAAACGUCGCCCAUGAUCCAAACGAUACCAGUCCUCACACGUCACCCGGCUGUUUCAAGCCAAACUAUAUAUCACCCGGCAGACCUAUACCCUAUGGGCAGUCCCUCGCCUGUUCUUCCUGAUCUCGGCUGUGAUAUCAACUUAUUUACUCUUCCCGCUGAAUCGUUUGCAUUUUACAAUGUCGGAGGAAUGCGUGGACAGAAUGCAGCACACGCCAUCAAUCUUGACUGACUAUAUGACAGAUAACGAAUCCCGAUAAUAAAUAAAUCUCGAAACUACUUUUAUAUUGUAAAUAUAGUAUAAAAUUAAAAAUGAAAGCGCUAUUUGAAAAAUAUCUAUUUAUAUUUAAAUAUUAUGCCAUGCAAAUCCAUAAUUACCAGUGAAUGAAUAUGGACGGAAAUAUGCCAGCCCGCGAGGAAAAGCGUAUUUGGUAUGCUAGAAUUAUAUUGUGUAAAAUAAUGUAAAUUGUUUUAAGUGGACAAAAAUAUUUGUAGGAUGAGAUGAACUGCAGUAUUUGAAGUCCGAUUUAUAGGACGUAGGCUCUUUUGUCUCACAGCAAACUGUAAUAUCAAUCCUCGCACUGCAAAGUAGAGUUUCCAAUGAACAUGCACGGCCCUGGGUUCAUAAUAAGGACUGCUUUCCACUGUCGCUCUUUGUACACGCACGUAAACGUUUAAAAUAAUUUAAAUGAUACUUUCAUAAAAUCUACGAUUGAAUACGUGCAUAGGGUUGAGUUCUGUUGAAGAUUUAGUAUGUCUUUUUUCUGGCAAAAAAUUGAUUAUUUAACAACUUAGAAGGUUCUAAACUACGCAGGAACGCGACAGUGAAAAACAGCCCUAAAGUCGUGUAAUUUUAAUGGCUUUAUACUUCACGCUUAUCGCAUUUAUUGUUUAGUAAAUUUUGUCAAUAUUCUAUUAAAGUUUUCUAUACGUUGCGUCAAGAUAAACUGUUUAAAUAAAAC